CGCGUAUAAAGAUCAGAUGCAUCGAUUUUUAACAACAGAAUAUUACUUCAAUCAGUACGAGACGGAGUAAUAAAAUGUUUCUAUCAGUGCCAAUAGUGUUUGUUUGUUUUGCCAGUGGAGUCUUAACAAAUAGUUUAAUAACACCAUGUAAAAUCAGCGACCUUGUCUGUGUUGAUAAAUCUAUAAAAGGAGCGAUACCAAAAAUUCUUGUUGGCAUCCCAGAACUCGGAGUUGAGUCCUCUGAUCCUAUUUUCGUAGAACAAAUAGACGGGAACUUAUCCAUAAUUAAAUAUAAAUUCUUCAACACUACCAUCACUGGAUUUAAGGACUGCGAAAUUUUAAAUUUCAAGUUAAAUGAGGAGCUCACCGCUAUAAAAUAUGACCUGAACUGUCCGAAGAUUAGUUUGAUUGGAAAGUAUGAAGUAAGCGGUCGUCUUAUAGUAUUACCGGUUGAAGGGAGUGGCGAUUUUCAAUUGAUAACAGGAAAAUAUUCAAUACAUGUUGACUCUGAACUGAAAAAAGAUAAAGGAAGUGAUGGAAAAACUCACAUAUCAAUUAAAAACUUCAAACUAAAAUCUAAAGCGCUGUCCCCAAUAAAAUUCGACUUCAGAAACUUGUUCAACGGACAGAAAGAUUUGUCGGAUGCAGUACAUAAGUUUGCCCAUGAGAACUGGUUCGAAGUAGCCGAGCUCGUUCAAGAACCAACAUGGAACGCUUGCAUAAAGAAAGUCACUAACAACAUCAACAAGUAUCUAAAAAAUGUUGCGCUCGAAGACAUUGUACUACACUAAGACGAUUGAUUCAGUAAGAGGUUCCGGUUAAUGGUAGAGGAGGUUACCUAUAUUUUAAAUUAUGUUUAAAUACAAUUAAAGAUUUAUUCGUGUU